CCAAUCAGAGAGCACCUUCUUCCCUAGCAACCAAUGGGAAGCCUCCGUGUGAGCGCGCGGCGGAUACACGGUUUGUUGUUGUUUUGUGUUGCAGAGAAACCUGUGAGUUUAGCGAAAAAAACGGCUUGUUUUUACCGUUUUAACGUAUUACCACCCACCUGAAAUGAGUGUAUCUUUAAGAACUGAUGUUGCUGCAGACAAAACGAAGCGCAAGAAGAGGAGAGAGCUCAGCGAGGAUCAGAAACAUGAGAUCAAAGAAGCGUUCGAGCUGUUCGACACCGACAAAGAUAAAGAAAUUGAUUAUCACGAGCUCAAGGUGGCGAUGCGUGCGCUCGGUUUUGAAGUGAAGAAAGUCGACGUUCUGAAGAUCCUUAAAGAUUACGACAGAGAGGGGAAUGGUAAAAUUACCUUUGAGGAUUUCAAUGAAGUUGUGACCGACCGGAUCCUGGAGCGAGACCCGAAGGAGGAGAUCCUGAAGGCCUUCAAGCUGUUCGAUGAUGACGAGUCGGGGAAGAUCAGCCUGAGGAACCUAAGGCGAGUCGCUCGAGAACUCGGGGAGAACAUCAGCGACGACGAGCUGCGCAGCAUGAUCGACGAGUUCGACGGGGACGGAGACGGAGAAAUAAAUCAGGAGGAGUUCCUCUCCAUCAUGACCGGAGACUCAUGAGGAGAUUUAGAGAAUCUGAGGACGUCUGGAGCUGAUUGGUCGUCUAAAGAGUGACUGAACAUCUGUCAGAGUGUGUGGAGGUGAGCGAGUGUGUGGAGGUGAGCGAGCGAGUGUCAGCUCCCUCUUUAAGAGCCGACUAGACAGAACUGACUCUUGAUUUACACUUCAUUCAUCCCAUUAAAGCAGCUGAGUUUCUGAUGUGAGCUGUUGACAUCAGGCUGCUCUUUAAUUCAGAUUUACUCCAAGUGUUGUUGACUUUUAUAUGAUACUGUCUUCAUAAAAACUUCAGUAAACCUUAAAAGAAUGAAGCAAAAGUGAAAACCUAUUCAGACUGAGAUGACCUCGGUGUUAGUCUAGUUGAUCUAUUUGUGAAAUCUGAGGGAAAAAACGUAUCGUCGAUUCUUAAACUGAUUCUUUAGGUUACACACAUUUCAUUCUGCAGGUUUUUUGACUGCUUGUAUCUGAAGUUUACGUAACGUGAGUGUUUGUGCUAUUUAUUUUGUAUGAAAAUAAAUCUGUUUGCCCAGAA